CAUCUUGUUACCACAAAUGAUAUUGUUGAAACAAUCACCUCAUCUCAUUUUUUAUGACAAGUACAAGCUCAUCUUACGGAAAUUUAUUUAUUUUUUGCUUUUGAUUGACGUAAUACCAGCAGAACCGGUUUCGUUACUUUGAUUGGGAAUUAAAGUGGGGAUUCGAGGUCACGUUUCCCUCACUUGCUGAAAAUAACAUACGUGUGUAACUAUCAAUUGCAUUGUUGCUCGAUCAGCGUUUUUUACCUUCAUUUCCUCAACAUUACUUUCAUUAUUAUCAAGUAGUAUCCAAUAACUCUUGGUACUUAGACUUGAUUAGUGUCUACUAAUUUGUUUGACUUAAACCGGUAUUUAUUAACGGAUUAAUGGUUUAAAACGGAUUAUUGUUUACAUCCAAGAUACUAAAAUGGCUCUCUCAAGAGUUCGUUGCUCUAAAGAUUUGCCAAAUUUGUUCUCCCAAGUUCAUAAUUCAGGUGGAGGGCAAUAUACUGGCAAAUGUAUUACUCCAAAACAUUUUAACAUAACAAAAACUGUAAACUUUCACCUUUCUAACAUACGUCAUUAUCCCAAUGCUCCGCAAUUAACGUUACCCAAGAAUAUUGUGGAUAUUUUUGGCAAUGAAACCGGUCGCUUCACUCCAGAACGAGCUCGAGAUAUCGCAGCACCAGUUUUACUUUAUGGAUCUGGCAGUGGAAAUCGUCAGAGUCAAAGAAGAACUUGGGAUUCUUUAAGUUCAUCAGUCGAAAAUUGGGGAUCAUCAAAUCGCUCUUCUAGCGAUACUCAUGUUGAUUCUUAUGAUUGUUUUGGAGCCAUAAGUCUUAACAGUUCUAUGCAAACGAUGGUUCCAAAUCCUUUCUGCUCAAGUGGAAAAUCUUCGUAUUUAAAUAUGCCGGGAGGUCAAUGGUCUCGUGAUGGCAAAUACUUGGCAGAAAUAAUGCAAAAAUCUCAUUACGCUGUUCUAAAACAGCGUAGGAAUAAUUCUAACCCUUUUAAAGACUGUUCUAUCCUGAGGGCUGAGUAUUCGACAAGUAGUUCAUCAUCGGAUGUGCAAAAGCCACAAGGGAAAGGGAGUAAUGAAGAUAAAAGUAAUCAAGGAAAAUUAACCAGCGCUCAAAAGCUUAAAAAUGCUGUCAAAGAUUAUGGAAUAACAGUCAUGGUUUUUCAUGUUUCCAUAUCACUAGUAUCACUUGGUUUUUUUUACUUGCUCGUGUCUAGCGGCUUAGAUGUGUCUAUGCUUGUUAAGUGGAUACCUCAAUCGAGUGAGAAACUGGAAGCAGUAAUGACGAGCUCAUCAACAUUUGUAAUUGCUUAUGCAAUUCAUAAAGUUCUUGCUCCAGUUAGAAUAUCCAUAACACUAACAUCAGCACCAUUUAUCGUCAGAUACUUGCGAAGAGUUGGAAUCUUGAAGAUGCCUAAAGCUCAAUAAUAAUGACUUAAAAUAAACCCUUGAAAUGCUUUCAUUACUGAUAUUAUUUUACUAUUUUAUCGGUGUAAAGGUAUUAUUUUUAUUGACAAUGUCAAUAAUUGAAUAAAUUUUUAUGAUAUAAUUCAUAAAUAAA